CACACUGAGUUCCACUUCGUGCUGUAAAAAUGGACACUAUACUGAUGUACUGUAUGUGAAAAGCAGGACGCUAUACUACCUAUUACUACAAGGUCAUUUACGUAACACAGAUUGAAUGAAAACAUAGUCAGACCUUAUCCAGUGGCAAAGUUUUAACGGAAGAAGCACAGCCCUGAACUUUCUACUCUUUGCUUGGGAAUGACAUUGUCAAACAAUUACAGGAUACUUUGCAGUGGGUGUGUGAGUGUUGCUGUGAAUCUCAUAGCUCUCUCCGGAGAGGAAGUUUAGGGAGUGAUGAGUUAGAGGAAAGAGUGAAGUUGACAGAAAUUCUCUUAUGCAUUUGAAUGUGUUUGAUUAUGUUCUAACAUAUGUGUAGCAGGAGGAGGACAUUAAAUGGAAAUGCGAAUGGAAAUGAACAAAUUUGCAGGCAAGUCAUGCUUGGGGUUUGUGCACACACACACGCACACAGACACACACACACAAGCUCUAUUCUUCUAACACACACAAGAAGAGAAAAGCAAGGGGAUUCCAAUCUGUCACUGAGAUGACAUCACAGCCUGCCAGUAAUAAAAACUGCUAAACAAGGGAGUCCCCACUUCCCCUCCCUCCUACACAUCCCACAGAAUGAACAGAGAGAGCAGCGCCGGGGCAAACGACUCUCAUUACUGCAGAGAGACACAGAGAGAGAGAGAGUCCCUUUUAAGGGGGUUCACAUGCACACAAGUGCGCACCGACACAUGCACCAACACGCUGUAGCUGUGUCUCCAUAGUGACCAGCUUUACUGCCCCAGCUUGGGGAGGAAAUGCCAAACUCCAGAGCUGCUCCAGCAGAAACACACACACAAACACACUCACAUACAGUUCCAUUCUAAUCCUCUGUCCGGCCACGAUGGAAAAAAACCUCUCCUCAUCUUAUCACCACGCUACCUCCCUUCUCUCCUGCCCUUUUUUCCCUCUCCUCUCCCUCCUCUCUCUCAGCCCUUCCUCUCUUUGCUAUCUCUGCCUCCCUCCCCCCUGUCAGUGGCAAGUUCAUUGAAGUAGACGACAGAGAGAUGAAAGAGAAGAACCCCUGGCACACACCUGUGACCAUCAUCAUCACUGUGAUUGGUGUCAUAGCGAUUGUUGCCUUGGUGACGGUAGCGGUUUUGCAGAACAGGCCCGUCUCCCAAAAGUACAAGUAUGGAAUCGUGCUGGACGCUGGCUCAUCCCACACGGCUCUUUAUAUCUAUGCGUGGCCUGCAGAGAAGGAUAACAACACUGGCAGAGUCGAACAGACGCAUUCCUGCAAAGUCAAAGGUAAAGGCAUCUCCAGCUAUGCAUCCCAGCCCUGGAAGGCGGGGGAGUCUCUGACACUGUGCAUGCAGGAGGCCGAGCAGAAGGUCCCCAAUAAAAGACACCAUGAAACCCCUCUCUAUCUGGGAGCUACUGCAGGGAUGAGACUACUGAAUAUGGAGAACAGCUCGGCGUCUGAUAAGGUGUUUCAGGCCGUGGAGAAAGCCCUGCAGAAGUUCCCCUUUUCCUAUCAGGGAGCGAGAAUCCUCAGCGGGCAGGAGGAGGGCGCCUUCGGCUGGGUCACAGUCAACUACUUGGAUGAUCGCCUCAUGCAGGGCUUAGAAACCACAGGCGCUCUUGACCUUGGCGGGGCCUCCACUCAAAUUAGCUUUGUGUCUGAUAAUUAUGACGGAUCGGAGUCACCCAGCAACUCUGUAACUUUCCGCCUCUACGGAAAUGAUUAUAACCUGUACACUCACAGCUUCCUGUGUUACGGGAAAGACCAAGUACUGAGAUUGGCACUGGCACAGCAGACUCAGUCAGGUCCAAGAACAAUAUUAGAUCCUUGUUUCCACCCGGGCUACACGGAGAUAAAGAACUACUCCGUCCUCUAUGAUAGCCCCUGUGUGUCAGGCAGGAAACCCCAGGGAGCUCCUGAAAACUUCACUCUCAGAGGGAACGGAAGCUUUGGACAAUGCCAGGAAAUUGUCAAAAGUGUCUUCAAUUUUACGUCCUGCAAAUACAGCCAAUGCUCUUUCAAUGGAGUCUUCCAGCCACUUUUGCAGGGACCAUUUGGGGCUUUCUCAGCUUACUACUUCGUGAUGAACUUCCUCAAUCUGACCGAUACAUCCAUCCCUCUGGACACUGUGAAGGACAAGCUAGCACGCUACUGCGCUACGCCUUGGGAUGAGAUAAAGCUGCAUACGGGUGUAAAAUUAAGCUAUCUGGCGGAGUACUGCUUCUCUGGCACAUACAUCCUCACCCUGUUGACUGAAGGAUACAACUUCACGUCAGAGAGCUACUCCAACAUAAAAUUCAUCAAGAAGAUAAAAGGCAGCGAUGCGGGCUGGACUUUGGGUUACAUGUUGAAUCUGACUAACAUGAUCCCAGCCGAGGCCCCUGAUAAGCCCCCUCUGCCCCACGCCGGCUACGUCUCCAUAGUGACCAUCAUCGCCCUCCUGCUCGUCGUCCUCUUCAUCCUCAGCCUGCGCCCCCUCUGGCCCCGCUGCUCCAAACAGCCACACAUCAUAUAAACACACACUGACAUACUGUAUGUAUGAGUGAGGGAAGGAAGGAACAUCUGAGAAGGUUUGUCAGCGUGUACGUGUCAGUACGUGUGGGCUGUUUUACCAAUUUGUGGGAAGGUCAAAGGUCAGCGCAUGCUGCUCAACACAGUCCUGCAGAUCACAUGGAUCCAAGGACUUUUCAGAAGGACAAAGGCUUUCUCCCAAUGGAGAGUGCAUCUCUGGUUGAAGGACAUUUUAAGCAUUUGAGUGUGUGUGUGUGUGUGUGUGUGUGUGUGUGUGUGUGUGUGUGUGUGUGUGUGUGUGUGUGUGUGUGUGUGAACAUGUGAAAAUGAAUGCAUGCCUGAAUGCCAGUGUGAACCCACAUCAGUCUGCAUGUAUGUGUCUUGAAUUAUGAUGUGAAUAUAUUACUGUAAAAAUAAAAUAACCCAAGUUUAUAUAAAA